AAAAGAGGAAGAAGAAUGAGGUUGAAGAUGAUGAGUUGCAGAGAGGUGGAGGAAGAAUACCCGAGCCACGAUUCGGUGCUGGGCGGGAAGCCCAACCGCUGUGUCAUUUAUCCACCCGACCCUGCUAUUGUUGCUGAGCAACUGGAAAGAAGAAACAACAACUGGUUUGUUAGGGCAAAAGUUGCAAGUGAUUUGGUGGUGCAGGUUGGAGAUUUUAGAUUUCACUUGCACAAGCUAGCUAUGGUUUCGAAAAGUGGGUAUUUGAAUAGACUUGUAUUUGCAAAACGAAGUGAGUCGCAUGGAGCUAGCUCACUCAAGCUUCUGCUUGAUGACCUUCCCGGCGGAAUCAAGACCUUCGAAUCCGUCGUCAACUUCUGCUACGGCUUUAACGUUGAUGUAACGGCGACAACCAUCGCUCCACUCCAUUGCGCUGCAAAUUUCUUGGAAAUGAGUGAUGAUCUUCACCAUGGAAAUCUCAUUCCAAAGGCAGAGGCAUUUCUCAGCUUUGCAAUCUUCUCAUCUUGGAAAGACACUUUUAAGGUACUCAAAAGCUGUGAAUCCGUGUCACCUUGGGCCAAAGAAUUGCGAAUCGUGAAGCGAUGCUCCGACGCCAUCGCUUGGAAGGCCUCGACUGUCCCGAAAGCUUUCACUCCAGGAGGAGAAAAUAGCAAUGGGAACUCUAAUGUAGGAGACUCAACCAAUACUUGGUGGUUCCAAGACAUUUCGACCCUUCGAAUCGAUCAUUUCAUCCAAGUGAUCGAGUCGAUUAAACGAAGAGGGACGAAACCGGAGCUCAUCGGAUUGUGUAUAGCUCACUGGAUGGCGAAAUGGUUUCCGAGAAAAACAUUUGUAUUCGAUGAACUAGUGGUACCUAAACAUCUGGCUCAAAAGCUACAAAGAAUUACUGUCGAAAGUUUAAUCAACAUGCUUCCGAGGGAGAAAAAUUCGGUUUCGUGUAACUUUCUACUUUGCCUUCUCAAGUUAGGAUUAACAACGAAAAUUGAUUUGGCAUUGUCCGACAAACUCGAAACAAGAGUAGCUUCCAUGUUGGAGCAAUGUUCUGUUCAAGAUCUCUUGGUUAAAAACAAUGAAGAUGGCGACGACACCACGCAUGAUGUCGGAAUUGUGAUCAGGGUGGUCCAAGCUUAUGUUGUCUUGUCCAUGAAAAACUCUGGGGCAAGACUAUGCAAUGUUGGAAGGUUGAUCGAUGGUUAUCUUGCUAUGGUUGCAAGAGAACUUAACCUUGCAGUCGAUAACUUCAAAUCGCUCCUCGAUGCAUUACCAAAAAAUGCUCGAUCGUCCGAUAACAGUCUCUAUCGAGCGAUUGACAUGUACCUCAAGGCACAUCCGAGUCUAACAGAGGAAGAACGAGCAAGUGUGUGCACAGCAAUGGAGUAUCACAGAUUAUCGGAAGAUGCACGCCAACAUGCAAUGAGGAACGAUCGAUUGCCGUUGAAGAUUGUGACUGAGUUCAUGCUUCUCGAGCAAGUAAUGAUGGCUAGAUCAAUGUUGGUUACUAGGUCGAACAUUAAUCUGAGAACAACGACUCGAACUAUGUUGAAAGUGAAUAAUAACAAAGUUCUAGAGAGGGGAUUCGCAACAUCUCAAAAUGAGAUUAAAAUGAUUAGGAGAGAGGUGGAGAAUAUGAAGAUGCAACUUAAUCAAUUGCAAAUGUGUAAAUUAAAGCUUGAGAAACAAGUUAAAAGCUCAUGCUUCAAGUAGAAAAUAA